GCAGCAUCAGCACAGAGAGAGAGGAGAGGGCACAAUCAAUUUGAUAGAGAGAGGGGAAGAGAGAGAGAGCGAGGGGAAGAAAACAAGGAGGACAGAGGAAAAGGAGAAUCAACAUCCCUGAGGCCAUCUUUUAAACCUGUGGAGACUAGACUCCCAGCCUGUGGGAUGCAGCUCCAGACCCGGCGGCAGAACUUGAUUUCCGGAAGACUGCAGGAGGGCGUGAACCUGAGCGAAAAACAGAGAAAAAAGAGAGGCUGAGAGCCAAAGGAAACCAGGAGAAAAAGGUAGAAGAAAAGGAAGAGAAACUCUGGCUGAACACCGGGCGUGACAACAGAGCGAGAGAGAGAGAGAGAGAGAGAGAUACAAGCUCGCUCAGCUGGAGUGUGUGAGAUUGCCCUUUGUGUGUGUUCUACGUGUGUGUUGAGCAGGUGGGACUUUGAUGGGACAGUGAGCAAUGCCUCACACUCAGCAACAUCAGGUUGGCAGUAGGGGGCAACGCCCCCCUCUCCUCCUCCACCCUAUCCUCCUCCUCCCUCUCUUCUCUCUCCUCCUAUCCCACGCCCCCCAGCUCAGCCAAGGAGCCAUACACAUACCUUCUAACUAUCAAAUAAAUGAACUUAAGAAACCCCCAGUGAUCACCACCCAGCCUGAGUCCAUCAUUGUGUUCAGUGCUGAAGACAUCCUCCUGACCUGCGAAGCAUCAGGGAACCCUCCUCCCAAUUUCCGCUGGACUAAAGAUGGAGAAGAAUUUAUCCCUGCCAAUGACCCGGGCCUGUCGGUGUCUCUGGGUUCUGGAACCUUCAUGAAAACGGGGGUGGUGUCAGGCCCCAUGAGCCAAUACAAGGGCAAAUACAGCUGCUACGCUGAUAACGCAUUAGGAACUGCUGUGUCUAACGAGGUCCAGCUCAUCACUGAGAACGCCCCGGCCCUGCAGAAAGAGCAGAAGGUGAAAAAGAAGGUGGAGGAAGGAGAGAGUGUGGUACUGAAAUGUAACCCUCCCAUCAGCACUGUUCCUCCUGUCAUCCACUGGAUGGACGAGCGAUUGCAUCACAUUGAGCUAAAUGAUCGUGUAACCCAGGGUCGGGACGGGAACCUCUACUUCUCUCACGUCACCGUCGAUGACACCCGUAUUGACUACACCUGUAACGUCCAGUACCUCAGCGCUCGCACCAUCCUCUCCAAGGAACCCAUCACCCUGACUGUUACAACCUCUAACUCAGUGGUUCGGAGCCGAAGGCCCCAGAUGAUGAGGCCCUCAGGGACCCACAGCACUUACCAAGCCCUCCGAGGCCAGAGCCUGGAGCUAGAGUGCAUCGUCCAGGGCCUCCCUACCCCUACAGUCAAGUGGGUGAGGAAGGACGGUCAGCUGUCCGAGUCCCGUACGUCCAGACAUCUGUCUGACCGUCUGCUGCGCAUCAGUAACAUCUCAGAUAGCGACGGGGGAGAGUACCAGUGUUCAGUCAACAACUCACAGGGCAAGGUCACACACACCUACACCGUUAGCGUCGAAGCGGCUCCGUACUGGACCAAGGAGCCAGUAAGCCAGCUCUAUGCCCCAGGAGAGACGGUGAGACUGGACUGUCUGGCUGAUGGCAUCCCGUCUCCUGCUGUCGCCUGGAGCAUCAAUGGAAAACCCAUCACAAGCAUAGACUCAACCCCUAGGCGUACUGUGAGAGAUGGAGCUCUGAUUCUGAGAGAUGUGGUCUUCACUGAUACAGCAGUCUACCAGUGUCAGGCCCACAACAAACACGGAACCAUCCUAGUCAAUACCUACAUCUUCGUGAUCGAACUGCCUCCUCAGAUCCUGAAUGCCGACGGACAGAAAUACAACUUCACAGAGGGACAGAAGGCUGUACUGCAGUGUCAGACCUUUGGCUCUCCCAGACCUAAAAUAACAUGGGAGAGGAACAGCAGCGCUUCUCUACUGGCUGAGCCCAGGGUUAACCUGCUGACCAAUGGAAACCUCCAGAUCACCAAUGUCUCCCAUGGCGACGAGGGCCUGUACACCUGCUCCGUUAGCAACACCAACCUGUCAAUCAACGCUGACCUGGAUGUGCUGAACAGGACAGUGAUCCUGUCUCCUCCUGGGUCUCUGCGUGUUCAACCUGGUAAGACGGCCAUCUUUACCUGCCUGGCACAGGUGGACCCCAAACUGACUCCUCCACACAUUCAGUGGAAGAGGAGCGGACAGGAACUCUUUCAGUCAUACGCCGAGGACAAGUACACAUUUGAGGGCCCAGACCUGAUUGUGGCCAAUGUGCAGACAGAAGACGAGGGUGUUUACACCUGUGAGGUCAUCACCAACCUGGACAGGGUUGAGGCCAGCGGGUCCAUCAUUGUAGUCGACCGUCCGGACCCCCCCACCCAGCUCCGGGUCUCUGACCCUAAGGACCGCAAUGUCACCCUGAGUUGGACCGCAGGAGAUAACCACAACAGCCCUGUCAUAGAGUUUGUGGUGGAGUUUGAAGAUGGUGACUCUAAGGAGCGGGGUUGGGAGGAGCUGAAGCGAGUCAGUGGAACUAAUGAGAGCGUGACCGUUUCUCUGCAACCAUACGUGUCCUACCGCUUCCGGGUCAUCUCCAUCAAUAAUAUCGGGAAGAGUGACCCCAGCAUGCCCUCUGACCUUCACAGCACCCCACCUCAAGCUCCAGACAAUAACCCAGAGAAUGUGAGGAGUGAGUCUACAGACCCAGACACCCUGGUCAUCACAUGGGAGGAGAUGGACAGGCGUGUGUUUAACGGCCCAGAGUUCCACUACAAGGUGUUCUGGAGGAGGGUGGUUGGUGACACAACCUGGUACUCUAAUGUCUCCACUGAGCCACCAUACAUCGUCACUGAAGUGGGCAACUUCUCCACCUUUCAAAUCAAAGUUCAGGCUGCCAAUCAGAAAGGAGAGGGACCUGAGCUAGACCCUGUGACUGGUUACUCUGGAGAGGACAUCCCCCUGGAGGCUCCUAAGAAUGUGGGUAUAGUGCUGCUCAACAGUUCAGCCAUCAGGGUAACAUGGGAACCAGUGAACGAAAAGACUGUCAGAGGACACCUGCUGGGAUAUAAGAUCCAUCUGACGAGGUUUGGCUCCAGGGGCCACCACCAAGGCCGUAGGGCUAGAGAGCCAGAGACCAGUGUUGAGGUGGAGACAGGGCCCAAAGAGGAGAAGAGGGUCCUGGGGGGUCUCAGACCCUACUCUCACUACGCCCUCAACGUCACUGUGUUCAACAGCAAGGGAGAGGGGCCCCCCUCCAAGACCCUGUCCUUCGAAACUGACGAGGGAGCUCCUGGCCCCCCCAUGUCCUUACUCCUGGACAGCCAUGCAGGCACAGAGAUGACCCUACACUGGACACCUCCUGCCCAACCCAACGGGGUUCUCAAAGGAUACCUGCUGCAGUACCAGAUCGUAAAGAGUGACGACAGCCCGAUGCAGGUGGAGACCAUAGACGAUCACAAGGUCACUCACCUGACCCUGAAGCAGCUGGACCCUCACAGCCGCUACCGCUUCUACCUGAGGGGGCGCACCUUGGCCGGGGAUGGAGAGCCUAUCACCAGGGAGGGCGCCACCACACUGGACGGAGCUCCUCCGUCCAACAUCAGCUUGUCUGUAGGAGAGAAGUCUGUUAACAUGAGCUGGGUGCCAGGACAGAGACAGAGGAGUGUGGGCUUCCAGGUCCAGUACCUCAACAAGCAAUACGGUGGGAAGUGGAAGCAGUCUGAGAAGCUGAACUCGUCUGCAUCAUUCUACCAGCUGAAAGGUCUGACCCCGGGGUCACAGUACCGCCUCAGAUUCACCUUCAGCAACAACACCUUCUGGGAGACUGAGAUCACCACAAAGGGAGCAGGGGUGAUGGAUGUGCAGACAGGCUUUGCUACUCAGGGCUGGUUUAUUGGGCUCGUGAGCGCCAUCGUGCUGUUGCUGCUGGUACUGCUUAUCCUCUGCUUUAUCAAGAGGGGCAAAGGGGGAAAGUAUUCAGUCAAAGAUAAGGAGGAGGGUCAGGUAGACUCUGAGGCGCGCCCUAUGAAGGAUGAAGCAUUCGGAGAGUACAGUCUUUGGACAAGAUCUCUUGAGAGUGACAACGAGGAGAAGCGGACAGCCAGCCAGCCGUCUCUGUGUGAUGAGAGCAAGCUGUGUACCAGUGACGACAACCUGGAUGGCUAUAACAACGGUAGCAUUGCUGUCACCGAAGUGACCAUGGAAGACUCCCUGGUCAGCCAGUACAGCCGGCCCAGCGAAGCCACCCCGGACCUGGGCACACUGCAGGACAGCUCCCCCCUCAAUCCCAACACCAUCACCCCAACACCCACCACCAACAACCUGCCCAACUCGGCUGCCAUUUUAGAUUAGGCUAGUUAGUUAGAGGUGGCCGUUUUAGAUAAACGGUUCCUAAGGCAACAGGACUGUCUGUCAGACCAAAACAUCUCUGUCAACUACAGUACAACAUGUCAACAAUAUAAACAUGCCCACUGCCCACACACUCCUAGCUAUCUCUAACACAUCUGUCUAGCUAUCUACUUGACUGACUUUUCCAUUGAUAAGCUCACUGACUAUAUGAUCAAUAUACUACUGACCAUUCAGAAGCAUCUGUUAUUCUACAAUGUUAUCUAUCUAGCCAUAUACAGUAUUAUAGAUAUGUACAACAUGUUCACUAUGAGUUCCAGUGCCUACUGGCCCUCAACACAGAGCACCAGAUUACAUCCUUACUCUCUCCUCCUCUACUCUGCUCCUCUCUAUUCUACUCCUCUCCUCUCUAUUCUACUCUACUCAUCUCUACUCUCCUCUCUACUCCACUCCUCCUCUCUUCUCUGCUCCUCUCGAAUC